UAUACCCAGUUUGGAUUGAAAAGAUUUUAAAAUCGGGCUCAUUCUCUUCAUUUCCUUUUCUUUGGCAUGUUUUCCCAACCUGGGCUGCCAUGACAACCCCGCAUCAGCUCUAGGGUGUCCAAUCAGGAGUCAGAUCCAGGGUCCCUCCCUGACUCCCAGGUGAGCUAAAGAGUCAGACUUCAGCAGAUUUCUGUCAGACUCUUUCCGAGACGCACUGCUCUCUGGUUUCAUUCUGUCAUCCAGAUGGUGUUCAGGUCGCCACUCGACUUUUUCUCAGCCUCCCGGAUCCUCCUGCCACACUUUGCAGAUGGGCCACCUACCCUGGCCCGCUCCCGGUCCCCGGAGGACCCUCCCUCCGCCUGUCCUCCCCUGGCUCUCCCGGGAAUGUGUUUCUCCGCGGCGCAGAUCGCCAGCGUCUGCGAGACUCUGGAGGAGACCGGAGACAUUGAGCGGCUGGCCCGCUUCCUCUGGUCCCUCCCGGUGACCGCAGACGGGCGCGACUCCAUCUCUGAGCACGAGUCCGUGCAGCGGGCUCGCGCCGUGGUGGCCUACCACACGGGGAGUUUCGUCGAGCUUUAUCACAUCCUGGAGACGCACCGCUUUACGCGCGCAUCGCACGGAAAACUUCAGGCGAUGUGGCUUGAGGCUCACUACCGGGAGGCAGAGAAGCUCCGGGGGAGACCGCUUGGACCUGUUGACAAGUACCGCGUGAGAAAGAAGUUUCCGUUACCGAGGACAAUCUGGGAUGGUGAGCAAAAGACGCACUGUUUCAAAGAGCGCACACGGGGGCUGCUAAGAGAGUGGUACCUGCAGGACCCCUACCCAAACCCGGGGAAGAAGCGGGAGCUGGCCCAUGCGACCGGACUCACACCGACUCAGGUUGGAAACUGGUUCAAGAACCGGAGACAGAGGGACCGGGCGGCAGCCGCCAAAAACAGGUUGCAGCAUCACCGGAUGUGUCCAGAUGGUGUUCGGUCGCUCAGCGGAGGAGAGUGCAGUCCAGAUGAAGAGCGAGCAGAUGGAGAAACUCUUCUCUCAGUAACAGACAGUGACUCUGACUUGGAUGUUUAAGACUUGAAUGUACAAUGGACCUUCGAGGGGCCUGUGAUGGUCAGUUGUGGAUUACCAGAGAGCGGAGGAUGUGGACAAAAGGCUCUUCACGGUUUGGGUUGCAAUAAAUGUUCAGGGCUUAUCCCCAGCCCAUCAAACAGGUGAUGUAACAAGUUGCAUGAAGUUUCUUUUGUUUCCUGACAAUGUGAAAAAUGUUUCUCUAUGCUGCUGGGUUUAAGUUUGUUUGAUCACCAGACCCACAUUUUAGAUUUUUUAACUUCAUCCAUGCAUGGAUGGUGCAUCUGUUGACCCAGCUUACCGUCACCCUGAUUAAACAGACAUCAAGCCGUGGACCCCCGUUGGACUUUAACCCAUGGACCCCCCACUUGGGAGGACCUUUACAGACUGCCAGGGAGAUAAUCACUCUUAUUUUCUCUAAUUAUGUGUCAUUAUGUUUUUUUUUGUUUUUUUUGAAUGAAACGAGUUGUUUCUCUAAAAGACUCCAGGAUGUCAUGCUGUAGACAAUCAAUACGCACUAAAGCCUUACCUUCCUGUCUGGCUGUUUCUAUGUUAAUUAACUUUUAUUUCUUCCUUUACCUUCACUUCUAUUUAAAGUUCACAGAGUUCACUGUGCAGUCUGUGUGUGAUACUAUGUCAAACCUAAUGUUACAUUUUAUGCUGAAUAAAUGUUUUUGGUAUUUUAUAUAAAUAAAAGUAUUUAAUAUAUCACUGUUA